AUGAGGAUCCCGACUAUCGCGACCGCCUUCGCGACCGUUUGCGCCGUGCUCGCCCAGGGCAGAAGCUUCACCGGCCCUCGCGCAGCAAGUGCCUGGCAUGACUUGUCACGGAUCCCGCUUCUCCCACGACAGGAGCAUGCCGCCGUGGCGAUCAACUCGACGGCCAUCGCCGUCUUUGGAGGCAUCACGGGGUCCUCGGCGACGGGCGUGUGGAACAACACCGAUCUCGUCACCCUGAUCUACCUCCUCGGCGGCCUCGCCGAGAAGUUCGAUCAGAACGGGACCUGGAGGGCGGUCCCGGACAGCUGGGUCUACGACCCGGCGCGAGACCGCUGGGAGCCCGUCGCCCGCUUCCCUCCUGGCACGGAACGGGGCAGCGCGGCCGUCGGCGUCUCCGGCACCAAGAUCUACCUGGCCGGCGGCCUUCGGUCCAUGGAAACAGUCCCCGGCGGCACGAUCGCCACAGUCGACGAUGUAUCGGUGUACGACACGGCGACAGACACCUGGACCUCUCUCGGGACUCACCCCUUGCCACAGCCCAGAGACCACGCUGGCGGAGCCGUUGUCGCCAAUGUGUUCUAUGUGAUUGGCGGCAGGCACGUUGCCGGGGGGCUCUUCGCAAGCGACUCCGUAUACGUCCUCGGCCUCGACGCCCUCGACGCCGGCGACGCCGGGUGGCAGACUGCGAGCACCUCGCCGCUCCCGACCGCCAGGGCCUGGCACGGCACGGCCGUGUUUAGCGAUCGUAUCUACACAUUCGGCGGGGAGGGAAACCUUCAGGCGGCCUCGGGGGUGUUCAGCGAGACAGAGGUGUUGGACCCGGCGACGGGAGCCUGGGCGAGCCUGGAGCCCAUGAGACGCCCGCGCCACGGCUCGGCGGCUGUCGCCGUCAGCGACGGCAUCAUCGUUCCGGGGGGAGGGGUGUCCUGGGGGUCUAGUUCGGUUGACACGGCGGAUAUGUUCCGCUCUUGA